AUGGCUGGGAGCACAGACGCAGCGUUCGCGUAUACCGAGUCGUCAAUCACCACUUUACUCAGCUGGACGGCAUUCCUACUAGCUCUCAACCUGAUGAUUGUCGCCCUAGACAAGCUCAUUUCCUGUGGCCUGAUUGGCCAGCUAUUAAUUGGGAUCCUUUGGGGCACGCCUGGUGCAAAAUGGUUCGACCACGAGGCAGAGGCAGUUAAUCAGAAAUUGGGCUACUUAGGCCUGAUAAUGUUGGUAUAUGAGAGUGGCCUAUCGACAUCAAUGAAGUCCGUCAAGGCCAAUCUUUUUCUCUCCAUAUGUGUUGCACUCACGGGGAUCGGUGCUCCGAUUGGCUUGUCCUUCAUUCUCAAAGAAUUGGUCUCCGCAAGCUCUGUCCAAGCAUUUGCCGCUGGUGCGGCUCUCAGUUCAACGAGUUUAGGAACGACCUUCAUUACUCUAUCUAGCACAGAACUGAUUGCUACGCAUCUGGGAACUGUCACAACUACUGCCGCAAUGCUAGAUGAUGUUAUAGGCCUCGUCAUGAUACAGGCGAUUUCCAGUCUUGGGGUAACAGACGCAUCUUUCAAUCCAACAACGGUCAUUCGACCAGUCUUCGUGUCUCUUGGAUUUGCACUUGGUAUCCUUCUUGGGUGCAAUUUCUGCCUUGGACCAUUAUUAAAAAGGGCCCUCGUGGCAAAGCAUAGGGCGCUGGAUUUCGUGGCAACGAUGCAAUUUGCGUUCCUUGUGCAGACGGUAUCUUUGGUCGGAAUUGUUGCAGGGGCUUCUUAUGCAGGCACUUCGAGUCUCUUUGCUGCCUAUCUGGCGGGUGUGAUUGUCUCCUGGUUUGAUGUGUUGGUCGUGGAGUCGAAGGAGACGCCUGUCUCUGAUGGAUUGCAGUCAGAAGCGAGGCAUUCACAGAACUCGCAGGAUAAGGAGAGGCCAACAGGGACGAAGGUGUAUGAACAGUAUUAUAAGGAGCCUGUGGGUCGGAUCAUGAUCCCGCUGUUCUUUGUCAGUCUUCAUGCUCUCUAUACUUGA